UUAGUCUUUAACACUCUAGUGUACGGUAGGCAUUGUCAUGAGAUUAUCAAGACAGUAUUCAACUUAAAACUCGGGACUUUAGUCAACUUUCUUGUCAAUUGUUGUUACAAAAAUAUAUAUACCUGUACCUAUACCUGUAUCUAUAUAUUUUCAAUUAUAUUACUGCUCAUUAUUUAAUUAAAUAAUUUUAAUAACUUGUGUAACAACUGUGACCCGAUGUAAUUCCGUAAUUGAGUUAAUUUAAAUUUGUGUUGAAUAAGUUUAGUUUAUUGUAUCUGUUGUUAUUCAAAGUAAAUAAUAUAUUAUUUUGUGUGGGAAGUAAGAUAUAAUAUUUUUUAUUGUCGACAACAAAAGGCUGUAAAGUAGAGAGUAAUAUAAAUAAAAGAGUAAGAAGAAAUAAAAGUGAUGGUAUUGUAAAAAAAUGGUUUCGUGACAGUAUGCAACGUGGAAUUUAAAAAUAAACCAGAGUUCAAUUUCUAGUUUGUAGUAAAGAAAAAUCGUGCAAUGCUUUGAAAGUAACAACCACUUGAACUCGCCAGCUCAACUUGGAUUUUCUCACAUCGAUUUUAAAACUCGACACGUGCAUUUUUUCUCCUAACAACAAUAAAUAUGUCGAGUGAAUUUAAUGUCUAUUGGCUUUAAAAAUCCGCCUGGACUAUUUUUUUCUGACAUUUUUUCGUCCACGAAAAUGGAGUUAGCAACAAAUACUUGACAGCAAAUGGGAAUUUAAACCAAAAUUUACACAUAGAAUAAGGAGGUUAAUUAAAAAUAAAAUGGAAGGAUCUGAGGAAAGUGACUUUGAAUACUUUUGGCAAGCACUCAACCGAGAAAAUCUAACCGAGGAAGAGUACUUAAGUAGGAUACUAGGGCCUAAGUACCUCUCAUCAAAGCUCGUAAUACCUCUCACACUGGCUUACGUCAGUAUAUUUGUUACGGGAGUGGUUGGUAAUGUCGCGACUUGUACAGUAAUCAUUAAGAACUCGGCAAUGCACACAUCCACCAAUUACUAUCUUUUUGGCCUCGCAAUAUCUGACCUAAUUUUACUCACCCUCGGUUUGCCUAAUGAACUUAGUUGUAUUUGGCAACAAUAUCCGUGGGUGCUUGGAGUAACUUUAUGUAAACUGAGGGCCUACGUUUCAGAAAUGUCCUCGUACGUAUCGGUAUUAACGAUAGUGGCAUUUUCAAUGGAACGUUAUUUAGCGAUAUGCCAUCCCCUUCAAACCUACACAAUGGACAAACCACAAAGACCAAUUAUAAUAAUGUUCAUCGCGUGGUCUAUUGCUUUAGUUUCGGCGGUUCCUUUUGCCAUCUAUACAAACGUUAACUACGUCGAGUAUCCACCAGGCUCCGGAGAGGCAUCUGAGGAUUCCGCAAUAUGUGCGAUGCUAUUACCAGACAUGCCCGACUUCCCUCUUUAUGAACUGAGCAGCAUUAUUUUUUUUUUAAUACCGAUGAUUAUUAUUCUCGUUGUUUACACAAGAAUGGGCUUGAAAAUACGCAAUAGUGCGCGUAGUACUCAAAAUUCUAUGGUACAGUCGGCCCAUUUGGAAUCGCGGCAAAUUCAAUCGCGUAAAAGUAUCGUCAGAAUGCUGAGCGCAGUUGUGGUCAUGUUUUUUUUCUGCUGGGCGCCAUUUCACGCCCAGCGUUUGCUUUACGUUUAUGCCCAAGAAGCUGACUACUAUCCAGAUUUAAAUGAGUGGCUUUACAUACUCAGUGGAUUUCUUUACUACUUCAGUACUACGGUCAAUCCGAUUUUAUACAAUUUAAUGAGUUUGAGAUAUCGAAGCGCGUUCAAAAAAACUAUAUGCUUCAAAAACAAGUCACGAAGAAGCCAAAGCUUUAAUAAUCAUAAUAAUAGUAAUAACAACAACAAUAAUAAUAAUAGAAGUAGUCAUAGAGACAGAAAUUUAUGUCGCUGUGGAUCCGAUCGAAUACCGCAUAGAACCAAUUUCAAAUGCACAUUUAGAAACACAAUAGACCACGCAAAGGAAAUGUUCAAAUCCAAUUCAACGCGACACGAAUACAACAGAGGAGCAAAGUUACCUAUUGAUUACAGCAAUCCCACGAAAGUAAGUGAUGGAAAUAGCGCCAGAGGGUUGUUAAUUAACAAACAUCUGCCAGUAGAUCAACAAAUGAGUAAUGAGAGUACCAGUAGUUUUGGUAACAGAGUUAAUGAGACUAUUUCUACGGCAUGCAGCGCCGUUUGAUUUAUUUAUUUACUUUUCGCUCUUUAUUGCCUAUUUAUGUUGUAAAUAUUUGUUAAAUAUAUAUACAUAUUUUUUUUCCAACUAUUAUUUUUAUUAAGCCUUUGAAACAAAAGUUGAUGGUCACUUAUAAUUUUCGCUGUGAUUUAUUUUUUAUGGCCGAGUACGAAAUUA